AUGGACUCCAAUCCGCCAUUGCCACCACCGACAGACUUGAAGGCGACCUGGGAAUUUCUUGAAAAUGGCAUCGAGCAUAUUAUGAAUAGAUUAGAAGAAGGACUCAGCUAUAAGCGUUACAUGGAUUUAUAUACUCGUAUGAAUCCCGGAUUUACUUCAGAACCUCUCGCGGGUCCCGGUGCUACUAUGAAUAAUAAUAGAGGUGCUAACCUAAUGGGAAGUGAUUUGUAUCAGAACCUUCAAGAAUACCUUCAAAGACAUCUACAAGUCAUUCGUGAGGGUUCUUCUCAAUACAUGGAUGAGAAUCUUUUGCGGUAUUACACGGAACAUUGGGAGAAAUAUACUACAGCUUCAGCAUAUUUGCAUCAUGUUUUUAGAUAUCUUAAUCGUCAUUGGGUGAAAAGAGAAAUUGAUGAAGGCCGUAAAACAGUUUAUGAUGUAUACACCCUUACGCUUGUUAGUUGGCGAGAUAACAUGUUCAUGCACGUCGAGCGUAACGUUAUGGCUGCUGUACUAGCACUAAUCGAACGUCAAAGAAACGGAGAACGUGUCGAAACUAAACUAGUAAAGAGCGUCGUUGACUCUUUUGUUGCUCUUGGUCUUGAUGACGCUGAUUCCUCAAAGCCUACUCUUGACAUCUAUAAAAAACACUUUGAAGAACCAUUCGUAAAGGCAUCAGAAAUUUAUUACAAGACCGAAUCAGAAAAAUAUGUCACUGAAAAUAGUGUUACAGAUUAUAUGAAGAAGGCUGAGGCACGAUUAGCUGAAGAGGAGGACCGUGUUAAAUUGUAUUUGCAUCAGAGUACCCAUAAACAGUUAAUUACCACAUGCGAACAAGUUCUUGUGAAGAAUCAUGAGGAUAUUAUGGUUGAAGAAUUCCAAAUUUUACUUGAUAAAGAUAAAAUGGAUGAUUUAAAUCGUAUGUACACACUCUUAUCACGCAGUAAUGGUUUAGACCCUCUGCGUGAGUGUUUCGAAAAACAUGUUCGUAAGUCAGGGUCGGAGGCAAUCGAAAGAGUCGCUAAAGAAAUUACUGAUAACAUUGACAAGGAACCAAGGAUUUAUGUGGAUGCACUUUUAGAAGUACAUAAAAAAUACAAUGACAUGGUAAAUAAAGCUUUUAAAAGUGAAGCUGGUUUCGUUGCCUCUUUGGAUAAGGCUUGCCGUGACUUUGUUAAUCGUAAUGCAGUAUGUAAGACGGGUUCAUCUAAGUCACCAGAAUUGUUAGCACGUUUUUGCGAUUCAUUGCUUCGAAAAAGUUCAAAAAACCCAGAAGAAGGUGACCUCGAAGAUGUAUUGAAUAAUGUCAUGACCGUAUUCAAGUAUGUGGAAGACAAAGACGUUUUUCAAAAAUUUUAUUCCAAGAUGUUGGCGAAACGUCUUGUUCAUAGUACAUCGGCAUCAGAAGAUGCUGAGUCAAGCAUGAUCUCUAAGCUUAAGGAAGCUUGUGGAUUCGAAUAUACCUCAAAAUUACAACGUAUGUUUACUGAUAUGGGACUAAGUAAAGAUCUUAAUGAUCAAUUCAAAGAGAGAACAUCAGGGGAAACGGACAACGGAGUCGAUUUCUCUGUACUUGUAUUGGGAACUGCAUCCUGGCCACUUUCGCCGUCAAGCACAAACUUUAUUAUUCCUGAAGAGGUCGAAAAAACUUUCCAACGGUUUAAAUUAUUUUAUCAGAAUAAGCAUUCAGGUCGCAAGUUAAACUGGUUAUUCCACCUAUCUAAAGGUGAAUUGAAAACCAAUUAUUGCAAAGGAUCAAAAACGGGAUAUACUUUUCAGGUGUCAACAUAUCAAAUGGGUAUUCUCCUACAAUACAACAAAGAUACCUCAUACACUUUUGAUGAUCUGAGUCAAAGCACUGAUCUGGUUUCAGACACCCUAACAUCACAGUUGGGAAUUUUGGUUAAAGCAAAGGUUUUAAAUCUGAAAGGAGAAGAACCUGAUAAACCUCCGCGAUACGAGCUUAAUAUGGAUUUUAAGAGCAAAAAAUUUCGAAUUCAGUUGAAUGUUCCGAUUAAGUCUGAACAAAAAAUUGAAGUCGAGGAAACCCACAAAACUAUUGAUGAAGACAGGAAAUUAUUGAUGCAGGCGGCCAUCGUCCGAAUUAUGAAAACUCGUAAAAAAUUGAAACAUGUUCAUUUAGUAGAAGAAGUAAUCUCCCAAUUGUCGAAUCGCUUUAUGCCUAAAGUUUCAGAAAUUAAAAAGUGUAUUGAUAUUUUAAUUGAAAAAGAAUAUAUUGAACGUGAGGAGGGGCAAAGGGAUUCUUUGUCAUACAUUGCUUAA